ACUAACUUUGCUAUUGACUAACACAACACAAAACCCAAAUCACCUCCAAAUUAAGACUCUCUCGACAAAGAAAUGGGCUCCAAAUUUGAUGUAUGGGCGGGAUCAGAAAGGCUCCAAACCUUAGCAAAACAUUUCCGUUCCGACACACCGUCUCAACUAGCCAAUUCCCCCAAGAAAGCAGCGGUUCUGGUUUGUAUUUUUGAAGGCGACGGCGGCGAUCUGCGAGUCAUUUUGACCAAACGAUCAUCGAACCUCUCGACUCACUCAGGGGAAGUUGCGCUGCCCGGCGGGAAAGCCGACGAAGGGGAUGCCGACGAUGUGGAGACCGCCUUGCGUGAAGCUCGUGAGGAGAUUGGGUUGGACCCUUCUCUUGUCAAUGUCGUCACUGUUCUUGAUCCCUUUUUCACUAAGAAUGGUUUGCCAGUAGUUCCUGUGAUUGGAGUACUCUCAGACAAGAAAGCAUUCACUCCAGCCCUAAAUGCAGCAGAAGUAGAAGCAAUAUUUGAUGCUCCCUUGGAAAUGUUUCUUAAGGACGAAAAUCGAAAAGCAGAGGAGAAGGAAUGGAAGGGACACAAGUACUUGUUACAUUACUUUGAUUUUGAAGCAGAAAGCAACAAGUUUGUCAUAUGGGCUUUAACUGCUGGAAUUUUGAUUGAAACAGCCUCACUUGUGUACCAGAGGCCACCUGCAUUUCUUGAGCAGAGACCUAAAUUCUGGAGUGGCUGUGCUGACAAACAAACUGCCAUGCCUUAGACUCGAAAACGACCCUUUCUUCAUUCAAGGGGCCGUUUCGUAUAAAGAGUUCAAAAUUAUUUGAUUUAUGAGAAUGUUAAGGAGGAGAAUAUGAUUCUCUUGGAAACUAGUAAACUCUAUUUGGUUGUGCAUGAAAAUAUUUUGUUAGAUUCCCCUAAUUAAAUUAUCUUCUACAUUA